AGAGAGAGAGAGAGAGAGAGAGAAAGAAAGAGGAGAGGAAAGAAACACUCACCGACCUCCUUAAACACACAGUAAUGUUAACUUUUCACCAUCCGUAGCUCACGAUAACACACUUCAGAAUAUUCAAAUAUAUUGUGCACCUGGUAAAAAUAAUUUAAAACUGAGGACAUUUUCUAAAGCAGAGCGAGACAGGGUUGGACACAAAUCUCAGGCAACAACACAGCAUGUUGCUAUGGAGCCUAUCGAACAGAAUAGGCUCCUUCCAGCCAGUAAUGAGAGGGCUGAGGAAGUCACGCAAAGCCCUAUUGGUCAAGGGGUGACUUCAGGGGUCGGAUCAACAGACGAGGGGGAGAAGCCAGGAGAGCUAAACCCCGCCUUCAAAGAAACCACGCCAUCCUCAGCUUUGAGUUCAGGACUUCAAGAAAGUCCAGACACAACCUGGGCCGAAUCUAUUUCACCAGGUGAUUUAAAAAGAGACAUGGAGGAUACAGAAAGGAGGUAUACCGAGAUAUCAGGAGAAAUUGGAGAUCCCUUGAAAACAUCAGGGAGAGAAGAGAGCUUCAGUUUUUCAAUUAUAAAUAGGUCCUGCACAAUAUUGGACAAGGAAAAUGAUCCUGGGGACAAAAAAGAACAAAACUGGUCUUCAGUAAAUUCUGAAAAAGACCCCACAGAGAAAGAAUUGAGCAUGUGUUCAUUUGAUGGGCAGGGUAGUAACACAAGUCUAAGGGUUCAUCAAAUAGAUGAAAGUAUUUCCGGAGUUCAAAAACAGCACACAAUGCCUAACAGUACAGAGACUGAUUUGAGUCCUGGAAUUAAAGACAGUAGUUCUUCUACUGCUGAUGAAAAUAAAGAAUGUUCUUUUUUAAAGACUCUUACAGAGAUUGAAAACCUGUCUGUUAGUGAAAGACCAAAUCUAAUUUCUCAUGGAAAUUCACUUGCACAACCAAAGUCUUCUCAGGUUAUAGAGAUGGGGGAAAGCAGAAUGCACCAGGAUCCAAAAACUGGAGAACCCUGUUUGAAACAAAUCGACAGUACCGGAAUUCCUGAUAUUGGAAGGACAGAUGAGCAAAAUGAAGCCAGAAGAAAUCAAUCUGAUUCCUUACUGACUGUAGAAGGAUCAGAUGAAACUGCAACAGAAAGGAGGGGGAAGUCAUCAUCUGAAGACGACGGCGAAAGAUUGAAGGAUGUCAGUUUGCAAAACUGUCUUGAAAGAGAAUCAACUCUUACAAGUUCCCUAGAAAGUGGAGGGGAAGGAAAACUGUGUUCUUCUGAAGACCAAGGGAGUGACGCUGGUCCUGAUGAAGCUAGACAUUCAAAACCAGACAGCGAUUUGGAGACCAGCCUUGCUGUAGAGGAGGACGGUUUAUCUGAUAAACACACAACAGAACCAAACUUUCACAAAGAACAACUGCAAGGCAGCUUAAAGAACCAGGAAGACUUUCGAAGUUUUGAUUUUCCUCCUGUGGAUGUAUGUACCAGAGAGAACUCCCCACUGUCACUAACAGAUGAGGAGGCACUUUCUUCUAUUGCAACAUCUCCAGUGUCAAAAGACACAGUAUCAACGAAGAGUCCCCCCAAAAAGCAGGGAAGAAGAUCAGUUGACCAGGAGAAGAGGGAGAAACAAUCUACAGAGACAGUGUGUGAUGAACUAGACAGUGAAUGCAAGGAUCAAGAACCAGCUUCUGAUAGAUCUGUAGAAACAGCAAAUUUAAGGACAGACUCUAAAGAAGAAAGUGGAAGGAUGAUGUAUUCCAAAGGUGAUGCAGAAAGCACAGGAUCCAUGUGUGCCCUUCAACAGGAAGUCAAGGACCAGGAGUUUGUCUCUGAUUGUGGUCCUCUGUCUUCUCCCUGCAGUGGACAGUGUGGACAGAAGUCUGUCCAGAAUAAAUCAUCUCCACCUUGUUCAAGUGAGGAUGAGCUUUUAAUAAAAGCCAGGCCUGGACUACCAGUCUCAUCAAGGACACGAGACACAUACCGGGAUGUUGGUACAAGUGAGAUUUGUGCUACUGGACAAUUAGAAAUGGAUGACAGGGGCUUUAGUGAGGAAAAGUUUUCAAUAAAACAAGAUGGACUAGUAUCUAAAAUAACAGGAGAUGAACUUGUAAGAACAAGUGAACAUCCUCAUACAGAAGUUUGUCAAAGUGAAAUAUCUGCUACCAAAUCAUUAGCAAGUGAGGAUAGGAGCUCUGAGGGAGAAGACAACAAUGAUUAUCUCAGUAGGUGUGACAGUAAAGACAUAUUGCUCAAAAAAAGAGAAUGCUUUUCUGCAUCCAAGACGAAGUCGAAGGAGAAGGGGAGAAAAAGAUCUUCAGUACUCGAAGAUUCUUUUUUCUUUGGAGAAGAUGGACUUCAGAUUAGACAACAGUUUGGACAAACUCCUGAAGGCCACAGUCCAAGCAACUCUUCUGUCUUUACAGAUGAAGACCUGUCUUUUACAGAUGGGCAAUUAAGAAUGUUUUUUGCCGAGCAGAGAAAUCUACCAUCUCAUGAGGAGGAGCACACUAAAAGGGAACUAGACAUGGACAGGUCAUCCGAUGAGGUAGCUCUCAAGAAAGAUUCAGGCAUCUAUAGCUGUUCCAGAGAGUAUGAUCAUAACACGUCCAGAGACAUUUCAGAGGACUUGAAUUUCUCUUUCCCUUUCAAAGAUCAAAAGAGAUCCCGGGAAGACACUCCAUUGGGAAAAUCUAGGAGCCUCCCUGAACAGGUUCCAAGGGAAACCACUGGGCUAUCCUGCAAAUCCAUGAGCAUAGAGAACUGCCAUUUGGAAAACAAAGCCCUAGGACAAGAGGUGGAAUCUAAAAUUCAUUCCAAACAAAGAAAGUAUUCUCGAGAAGAUUUCAAACGCUUCAGUGAAGACGUUAAAGAAGAUUCAAUUAGUCUAGUUAAUUCUCAACCUGGUGCAAGGAAAGCGCAAGCUGAGUUCAAAGAAGAGUCUCGUGAAGAAGAUGACCAGGGCAGACGGUUUUCUUAUCACUCUGAAGCUUGUGAAGGCUCCAACGACAAUCAUGAUUUCAUCACUCUAUUUAGUUCCCAAUCUUUAAACAGUGCCAAAGAAACUGAUAUGAGGAAGGAAGAAUCCAAAAUAGAUGAAAAAGACGUACAAAAUGAUUCAAGACUUUCUAGCAGCACCAAAGAUGCCCAUAGUGGCUCCCAAGCUGCUGAAUCGAUGACAGACGUGGCUGGUGCCAAUACAGGCGUUGCAUUUAAAAUAAGAAGACCCCAAGUCCAGGUCUACUAUGUGAUUGGUCAACAAUUGCCUGAAUUACAGCCUCAGGAGGAAACACAGAAACUGACAUCGACAUCUAGUGUUGAUAAAGAGGAAUUGCAAGACAGGCAGAAGUCUCUAGAUGUGAGUGAGUAUGAGGCAGCCAAAACAAAUGUCUACUGUGGAAUUAGACAUCAAAAGCUGGUAUCUGAGACAGAGACAGAAAAAGAGACCCUUACUCAGGACAAAGAGAAAUUGGAUAAGAGGCUGGAGGAGAUACACAGUGAGAGAGAUGCCAGUCAGUCAUCGAAUUCGGGUGGCGAGAAAGAUGCCUGUCCCCUUUCCUCACAAUCAGAACUACAGAGACAAAAUGCAAUAGAGGGGAAUAUAAUCCCAGAGUGGCAUUCCACCUCAGACCCCCAGGAAUUAUGGGACUGUGACAGACAUGUCAUGGAGGACUUGACUGAAAUUCCUACAGAAAUUUCUGAACUCAACACUUCAAAAUCAGAGGCAGUUUCAGACCUUGAAACUCAAGUCACCCAACAGGGCAAACAUCACUGUGCUACUGAGGGAUUGUGGGAAGCUGGAGGACCUAGCGAAACGCAAAGGGGGAGUAUUGCAAUUUCUUCUCAAGAGGACCGAAGCGAGCUAAGAAGUGCCAAUGGUGGAAUAGGUCAGACAAUUCAAGGAAAUGGCAACAAUGGAUUUCCUUCCCAAAAUGACGGUUCUCCUAAUUCUGACUCUGUCAAAAAGGGACACAGAGAUGGUGACAAAGAGGAUGAAGGGGCUCCCCAAACUCUUCACAGCCCCCCAACCCCACAGCAAGGAUCAGGGUCCCCCAGAACACCCCUGAACAAAGCCAUCAGCUGGGCGGGCAAAACCAGUACUCUUAGGAACUUGGGACUGAGGCGCGAAGAGGCAGAGAGCUUUAAAGAACUGGGAACCAAAGCCAGGGCUAGGAGGAAAGGAAUAAGGAGGGCUGAGAAAUCAAUAUCCAGCUUGCCAGAGGACGAUGAAAGCUAUGUGAGAAAGAGUUGGGCUAAAAUUACAGAGUGCAUUAAUAUAGAAGACGUGAUGAAUAAUAUGGAGCGAAGGAACUGCACUGUUGUUCAAGCUUUCGAGAUGGUCCUCAUGUGUGCUGUCGCUCUGGACAGAGAGAUCCUUCGACACGCUCGCUUAGACACCCUCACUGAGGACAGCAGCCCCCCUGUUUUCCGAAAACAGUCCCAGACCCUCCCGCUGCCCCCUUCCACAUCUCAGCGCUUCUCCCUCUCCUUGAACUCCACUCACUUACUGUGGCAGGAGCUGCCGGGGGUGAGGGAGAGCAGAGAGCUGCAGCAACUCAGUGACAAGAGCAGAAAGCUGCAGGAGGUGAAGUUUGAGCUGGUCACCUCGGAAGCCUCGUACCUGCGCAGUCUGGACAUCGCCGUUGAUCACUUCCAGAACUCCCGCCAGCUGGGUGCGCUGCUGAGCUUACAGGACAAGACCUGGCUCUUCUCAAGGCUGGCUGAGGUUAGAGAGGUCAGCCGCAGGUUCCUUGCUGAUCUGGAGGAGAGAGUGGAGAGUGAGAUCCUGCUGUUCGAUGUCUGUGACAUUGUGCUGAAGCACUGCGCCAGUUUCCAGCGAGUAUAUGUUCCCUACCUGACUAACCAGUCCUACCAAGAGAAGAUAUUCCAGAGACUCAUGGAAACAAAUCACCAGUUUCAGUCAAUCGUAGAGAAACUGGAAAAGGACCCGGUGUGUCAAAGACUUCCUCUGAGGUCAUUUCUGGUCCUGCCAUUCCAGAGGAUCACCCGACUCAAACUGCUGGUUCAGAACAUUGUGAAGAACACCACUCCUGGUUCUGAAGAGGAAGACCAGUCAACGAGAGCUUUGAGAGCACUGGACAAGCUGAUCCAGGAGAGCAACAACAGCAUCAGGCAGAUGAAGAGUAUUGAGGAGCUGGUCUCUCUCAGUGGAAGAGUGGAGUUUGAGUGUCGGAUCUUCCCGCUGGUCUCUCAGUCUCGGCGUCUCGUGAAGGAGGGAGAGCUCUCUCAACUGCUGGAGCUGCCAGGGAAGAUCAGUGAACGACAAAUCUACCUGCAUCUCUUCAACGACUACCUGCUGCUGUCUCACCGCAAAGAAGGCAGUCGGUUCACAGUGUUUGAUCACACCUCUGUAUCUCGUGUGCGUGUUGAGAACUGUCAGAUCAAGCUGUACUCUCUUCAGAAGAAUCUCUUCAGACUGCACCUGCUAGAGAACAGUGAGGGGGCCACCGCUUCAUUCAUGCUGCGCAGCCAAACACAGAAUGAAAAACUGCGAUGGCUUUCUGCACUCUCACCCACUCCUAAGAUUGACUUUUCAUCUUGUCAAGACCUGCUGCAGGUGCUGUGCCUGCGCUCCUAUGUGCCACACCAACCGGAUGAGCUGAACCUGGAGAAAGCUGACGUGAUUGUGGUGCACCAGCAAACCAGUGACGGCUGGGUUGAAGGCACCAGGCUGGCUGACAGCGAGCGAGGCUGGUUCCCCCGUUCUCACGUGGAGCUUAUAUCCAGCCAGCGCGCUCGACUGUGUCUCCUUUGUCCCGCCCGACUCGAGGGGCGGGCCCUGCCCUGGCUUUCAUCUUUUCCCUCCCGCCGCCCGCCCGCCUCUCCCCCCGCGGUCCGAGCCCCCUCGCCUUCUCGAUCCCCCCUGGUCCUUGCCGUGUUUUUCCCCCCCCAACCGUCAUGCCUCCCGCCUCCGGUUUCCUUUUCGCCCCGCCCCCCUCUUCUGCCCGUCUGCCCCCGCGCUCCCCGCGUGCUUGGCGUCCCCUUCGCGCCCUCCUCCACCGCAACCCGGCUGGCUGUUCUUCCCCAAAAUCAGGCCAGGGGCGGAGGUGCGAAUGAGAGGGGACUUACGGCAUCCCGAAGGGCCGUUACGACGGGACCGAAAACCCGCGCCAAGCCCGGACGAUCGUGGGACAGGGGCAGUGACAUACUAAUCGCAGCGUGGAGAGGCUACCCGCAGACCCGGGGGGGUCACCGCAAGGGGGGGCCCGAGGCAGAAGCCAGGAGACGAGAGGAGGAGAGGGAAGGACGAAAGCAAAGCCCAGAGCAGCGCGGGGGAAAAACCGGGAAGCGGCGAGCGGGGUUUUUAGCCGCCGGGAGAGGCACCGUGGGAGCAAUCGGCGUGUCCAGGGAAGAGUUGGACUAA